UCCGGCGGAAGCUGCAGACGGCGAGUAUUGCAGCGGCAAAGCCUACACACACUGGGUUGAAAAGAGCUUCUCUUAUUCAGCGUUACAUGUCCUCUUGAACACAGACAUGUAUCGCCCGGGUGAACCUGUUCGCCAGGCGCCUCCACCGCUGCCGUUCGGACCUCCACCGCCUCACGGCCCUCCUUUUAGACUCACAGGGCCCUGCUCUGUUCCUCCUCCUGGACACUUACCCCCCAGGCCCUGUGGACCAUAUCCCGGCGCGGCACGAGAUUAUCUCCACAACAGACCGUCGAGUGGGCAUUUCGUUCGUCCCCACUGUAGCAGCUUCUCCAUAGACCGUAGUACACCAAUUGCUUUGGGAGGAAGCCAGCAGAUCGUUACUCCUGCUGAACCAUCAACACAUCCGGUACCACAGUGGAAUCCCCCUCCAGUGGAACGUCAUUCUCUAGAUAAUAGUGACCGUGCUGGUGAGGAAUUCCUGAGAUGCAUUGCAGCCAACAAACCCCUCCCAAACUAUCUCAAAGGCAACAUGGCAUACAACCUGGCUGAGGCAUUUAAGUCAGCUAGUAUAUUGAAAGAAGCAGUCAAAUCAGACCGUGAAUUCCAGAAGCAUGUGGCUAGAAGCAAGAGCCGUAGUCGAAGCCGUAGCAGAAGCCAAGGCAGGUCUCGAGCCAGGAGUCGUGGUCGAAGCAAAAGCAGAGUACGCAGCCGAAGCAGGGGAAGAAGCAAAACUCAUGCCUGUGGGAAGAGUCGAGCUAGAAGCAAAAGCAGGGUUCGCAGUAGGAGUCGGAGCGACAGUCGAAUUGAGAAAAAGAGUCAUGUACGGAGCAAGAGUCGAGCAAGGCGAUCCAAGUCACGAAGUAGCAGUAGUGAAAAGAGCCGAGGCAAAGGCAAAAAGAGAAACAGGAGCCCUGGACUCAUCACCGUCAACAGCAGUAAUAAUCUGCCAGGAAAUAGUCUGUUAGAAGGAUUGAAGCUGGUUAUGAGCAGCCAAGAUUUGGAAGAUCAGCUGCCAUCUCUCAAAGAUAUCAUUCUCACUAUUAAGGCUCCAGAUGAGGGGAAAAAAGUUGAGUGUGUAUCUAAUGAGCCUACACAUAUGGAACAUGACAGUCAAGACAGUUUAUCAAUGCUGGAAAAGGAAAGCAUGCUGCUUCCACAUGAAAGAGUUGGUGGUGAUUUCUCAUGGCUUCAAGGACAAAGUCAAGAAGAUGCUGCAUACCAGAAAGCUAAUGAACUUGAAGAUGAAGAGUCUUUCUUGUAUGGGAAUGAACCAGCUUCCCAGAUUAAUGAAAAGGCCAAACUACAGAAAGAGAGUAGUUCCCUUUCCACUCGUUGUGGACAUCUUCUUGAUCCAAAUCAGUCCCUGCAGUUGGCUUCUUCAACUUUUGUCCACUCCAAUCUGGACAACAUGGAAUAUGAGAAAAUCAAGAUCAUAUUAAAAAGCCUGGGUUCAUCAAGUGAGAUCAAGGGGAAGACGCAGGGUCAGAAUGAGCAGGAGUCAUCUUCUACACUUGUCAAUUCAGACAAAGCAGCAGCAACUUUAGCAUUGCCAGCACUCAAUAACCCAAAUGUACGUCAGGCUCUGGAGUCUCUGCAAUCUCUGAUCAAAGCUACAAAGGACAAACGAACAAAAAGUGACUGCACAUCUCAAGCAUCUGAUAAACAUAAGGAGGGUGACAGUGAGGAAAGGAAGAGAGAGAAACAACAGAAAGUAAAUAAAAUGGAGUCUUUGGCCAAAGAACUGGAUGAACUGUUAAAACAAGAUGGACAGGGUUUUAUAACUUCAGUUACUGGCUUUUACUGCCAGAAAUGUGAGGAGUUCAUUGGAGAUUUGAAGUCUGCUGAAAACCAUGCAGCUAUCCGCCAUCAUAGUAAUUCUAUUCCAAAAGAACAGACGGACAGGCACUCUAAAGACAGCAAAGGACACCCUCAUCAUUACAGUGCCUCCAGUAAUCGACACCCUGCCCCCCCAGACAGGAGAGAUCACAGGGGUUAUGGUUACCACGGGGAUUCAGGAAACCACCGGAAUAGGACAGACCAUCUACGGAAUUGGAAGGAUGAGAAAGAUUUCAGAAGCCAAUACCAUGAUGAUGACCACAAAAGUCACAAGGAUAGAGAUGAAAACAUCUUCUUGAAAGAGGAAAUGAAAAAGGAGCAAAUGUUUAUAACAGUCUCCGAUGGACUGACACCUUCAACUUCUAACAUCAGGGUCAAGGAGGAGGUGGACAAGGAGAAGGCCACUGGAAGCCAUGGUAAAGUUAAAGCGAAAGACCUAGAAUCAUCCAAGGAGAAAAAAGGCAGCAUUGAAAAUGAUAAAUACAGUGAUAGCACUGAUGAUGACGGAAAAUCACCUAAAACAAAAAAGAAUAAAAAGAAAAAGAAGAAGAAGGAGAAAAAGAAUAAGAAACAGAAGGAAGAUAAGUCUUAGGUGUUAUAUUGUCCUUGUCAUAUAACUCUGGGAUCAUGGUGUAGCAGCUUAUUUCUGGACUGAUUUUCUAACAUAGUUUUCUCACUUUCUUUUCCUCCACCCAAUUGUUUUUUGUUACUGUCAUUAUGAAGGAAUAGACUGAUAUGUUAGGAAGCACGUUUGUUGGUGGUCGUUCUCUAAAAGUAGUUUAGUAUUACUUUUAUCUUUGUGUAUCUAGGACAGUGGUCUUUACCUCACUUAGAACUAAGAUUGACUUUUCUCAGUUAAUUUAGGUAUUUUUUCCCACUUCAGACAGCGUGUGUGCUCGGUCAAAUGAAUUCUCAUGUGGAAUGAAAUGUUCUCAUGUGUUCCUCAGUAAACAGGCAAACAAAAACCUUUUCCAAAACGUCUGUUCCCUUUACACAUUCUGCACAGUUUUCAGCAGUACUGUAUUAAUGUCUGCCACGUUUCAGGUAUGGCAUCACAUCUUGGUUCUAUCUUUUAAUUAAAUGUUCGAGAAAAUAAGCAGUAAGUACUUUUUUCAUUUCAUUGGACCAACAGCAUUGUAGUUUUAGAAAAGUUAUACAUGUAUCUGACAUCUUGUAUUCAUUAUGAUCUCAAAUAAAGUAAAAUAAACAAAUGUGUACUAUU